GUAUGGACCCCAAAAUGCUGGAGGCUCCUCCAUUGCCUCCGGAAAUCCAGGUAAUAGCAGAAAAAGAACUCGGGGAGACAGAAGAAACAAAACGAGAAAGCCUGGCUGAACUGAGAAGGCUACUCGCAGCUGAGCCUGGCCUCACAGCACGUAUGGACGAUAUCUUCCUGAUCAAGUUCAUUCGAGGAAGGAAAUACAACAUGGAUGUCGCCUUAGACACCGUACUUAGGUACUAUCGUGCAAGACGCGACAAUCCGGAUAUUUUCAACAAGCUAGUGACUGCGCAUAUGAACUUCGAAGAUGUCUGCCAUAAGCAUAGACUGGUGUUUAUGAUGCCUACGAAGGACUACAUGGGACGAACUGUGCUCUUUCUACGCCUUGGUGCAUGGACGCCUGACUGCUGUCCGCUCGUUGACAUGCAAAGGAUGAGUUUCCUAGCAGCCGAGUACGGAAUGCUUGAUCAAAGAACGCACGUCAUUGGAUCAGUAGGUCUCAUUGACUUCAAAGGGAUGCACAUAUCUCACGUGCGGUAUUACACGCCUUUCGUCUGCAGAAGGCUCGCAUACAUCAUACAGGACUGCUGUCCGGUGAGGCUCAAAGGAUUCUACAUUGUUAAUAACCCGCCCAUUUUUUCUACACUGUACACCAUAGUCAAGUCGUUUCUCAAGCCCAAGAUUGCAGAGAGGAUUCAUCUCUUUGGGACAGACUUUGAUGCCCUGCACAAAAUGAUCCCCAAAGAAGACCUGCCGCCCGAAUACGGUGGUACGGGAAAACCGUUCGACUUUGAGUGGUUCGAGAAGGAACUCAACAGGAAGAACGAGUACUUCAUAUUGGACGCCAAACACGGAUACAGGGUAGAGACGGACGAAGAGUUACGCAGCAAAAGGUCGACGAAACAAGCGUAAAGACAACUGAACAUGACUGAAAUGAACUGAGGCAGAGAGUAAGACAGUUAAUCUGGCAACAACGGAAAAGACGUAACUUGCUCGUACAGCCAUGGUGCACUGCGUGUAGGCCUUCAAGUCUCCGAUGUGUCUGAAACGGCAUAAAUGUCUACUGAAUUGG